GCGCAAUUUCGGUUUCCUCGCUCACGUUCCAGUCAACUCUGUAGCUGACGUCAUUUUAAGACAGCCAAUGAAAAGUCUCUGUCGUUGACAAAACAUGGCGACGCAGCGAUGUUUUUGAGUUUUAGUUGACCAUGGUUCGUAGCAUCAUACUGUUUAGAUUGUGGUGCCGGCAACACCAUAACAUCAUGGACACACAGCGGGCGAUGGCUGACCUUCCCGAACUACAGCGUCGUCUGCUAGAGCGGAGUCGGCUGUUAGGCUUUGAGCCGUACGCCGACGCACCCAUGCGGGUGCGAGACCGGCCAUCGUCAGAGCAAGACAGCAGCAGCGGCGACGACGGUGACGAAGCCUGCGCCGUGGAGGCACCUGUAUCGAGACCACGUGGAAAAACCUGCGCUAGCGGGAGCCCCGACCAUGACCCUCCUGAACCCGAUCGGCUCGGAAAUACGCGCUGGUGUACCUGCGGACAGUGCGUGCCGAUGCCCACCACUCUUGAGAGCAUCUGUUGCCGCGAGAUCCAGGCAGCGAUUCGAAGGCAGCCGUCUGGGUGCGUUACAGAGCACCCGUAUUUUCACACGUUGUGCCUUGACGAGGUAGUGCUCAGCGUAGUCCUUCAAAUGUUUGAAGACCAUGGGCUGCUAGCCGAGGAAACAGGGUUUUUUGUGUCCAAACCGAGACUCCGAAGGACAUUGAGCUGA